GCAACCUACCUGCUGGUGAUGGUGGACCCCGACGCCCCGAGCAGGUCUACGCCCCUGGCUCGGUUCUGGAGACACUGGCUAGUGACAAACAUCACAGGCACUAACAUGAAGACAGGGAGGAUCCAGGGCCAGGAGUUAACACCCUACCAGCCUCCCACCCCACCACCACGAACUGGCUUCCAUCGCUACCAGUUUUUAGUCUAUCGUCUGAGUACACAAAACAUCUCUCUCCUUCCAGAAGAAACCGAAAGUCCAGGCGCUUGGCAACUGGACCAAUUUCAGGUACGAUUCAACCUGGGCAUAUCUGAAGCAGCCACCCAGUUCAUGACCCAAAAUCACAUGGACUCACCACCUGUCCGGGUUCCCGGAGGAGGAGGCAGUGUCCAGACUCCCCCCACAGGAGGGAGCAGUGAGCCCAAAUACAAACCCAAACAGGCCUCAGGCCUCGCCUUGCCAGCGUGCAUCCACAUUGCCCACCACCUAUGGUCUGGGUGAGGAACCACCUCUGGGUGUGGAACCCCUUCUCUCCCCAAUUAAAAAAAUCACCCAGGU